CACCUGGCAUGUUGACCAGAUGACUGCAACGACCGACACGCAUCCUCGUGAGAAGUCGCUGUUUUAUCACCAAGGGAUAACGGGCAGUCAAAUGGAAACGUAUCAGCUUUGGCAAUUGCAAAACACACGUUGCUGGGACUUUUGAUAAGUUCUCAUUUCGAGCGCCGUUUGGAGCAUCGUUUUUUUUUUUGAUAGGGGGAGCUAAUGUCCCUCCUCACUUCACAGUGGGCACCAGUGUUCCAGUUGCAUGGGAAGGGCACGGGAACCGUUCUCCUGUAAAGCGUAAGACGGCACGUUAGCUAUCUGGGAAGGAACCGAGACGGAGGACAGUUAUGGAGCCCGCCACGUGUGAGCAGUCCACCACAGUGGACGACUUGGUGGAGGCGUGCAUCCAAGCCUUUGAUGAGAAUGGGGCGUUGGUGGACCCUUCCCUGGUGCGCAUGUUCCUUAUGAUGCACCCUUGGUACAUCCCGUCGACUGACAUGGCUGCCAAGUUGGUGCACAAAUCUCAAGAGGAGGGCUGCACGGCGGAGCGUCGGAGCAGAAUAUGCCACCUUGUCCAGUAUUGGAUCUCAGAGUUUCCUGCCGAGUUCAACUUGAACCCGGAGCUGGCCGAGCAGAUGAAGGGCUUUAAGGACCUCCUCAGCACGGAGGGCAACGAGCGCCAGAGCCAGCUCAUUGACAUCGAGAGCGUGCCGUCCUACGAAUGGAAGCGUCAGGUGACUCAGCGUGUCCCGUCCGUCUCCAAAAAGAGAAAAAUGUCCUUGCUCUUCGACCACCUUGACUCCUGUGAACUGGCCGAGCACCUGACCUACUUGGAGUACAAAUCCUUCUGCAAGAUUCUGUUUCAGGAUUACCACAGCUUUGUGAUGCACGGCUGCACGGUGGACAACCCCGUGCUGGAGCGCUUCAUCACGCUCUUCAACAGCGUCUCCCAGUGGAUCCAGCUCAUGGUGCUCAGCAAGCCCACACCGCCUCAGAGAGCCUUGGUCAUCGCGCACUUUAUCCGAGUCGCGCAGAAACUCCUGCAGCUGCAGAACUUCAACACUCUGAUGGCGGUGGUGGGCGGCCUCAGCAACAGCUCCAUCUCACGCCUCAAGGACACGCAGGCGCACAUCAGCGCCGAAACCAACAAGGUUUUCAACGGCCUCGUCGAGCUGGUGACGUCAUGCGGCAACUACAGCCAGUACCGCAAGCGCUUCUCUGAAAGCUCCGGCUUCCGAUUUCCCAUCCUGGGUGUGCACCUGAAGGAUCUGAUCGCCGUGCACGUGGCGCUGCCGGAUUGGACCGACAAGGGGAAGACGCGGGUCAACCUGGUCAAAACCCAACAGCUCUACGUCAUCCUGCAGGAACUGGCGACGAUACAGAACACGCCGCCCAACGUGGACGCCAACACGGAUCUGCUGAACCUGUUGACGGUAUCUCUGGACCAGUACCACACAGAAGAAGAGAUCUACCAGAUGUCUUUGCAGAGGGAACCUCGCAAGUCAGCGCAGAGCUCCAACCCCGCUCCGGCUCCCGACGCCAAAUCCGCCGUGAUCGACGAGUGGGCGGUUUCGGUGAAGCCCAACGCUGACCCGACACUCAUCAAGAAGCACAUCGAGAAGAUGGUGGAGUCCGUCUUCAAGAACUUUGACACGGACGGCGACGGCCACAUAUCCAGGGAUGAGUUUGAGGCCAUCAGGAACAACUUUCCCUACCUCAGCAAGUUCGGAGAACUGGACAAGAAUCAGGACGGCAAAAUCAGCCGAGAGGAGAUGAUCGAGUACUUCACGAGGGCCAGCUCGCUCCUCAACUGCAAGAUGGGCUUCAUCCACACCUUUGCCGAGGCCACCUACGUCAAGCCCACCUUCUGCGAGCACUGCGCCGGCUUUAUAUGGGGCUUCUACAAGCAGGGCUACAAGUGUAAAGCCUGCGGGGUUAACUGCCACAAGGCCUGCCGCGGCCGCCUGGCCGUCGAGUGCCGGAAGAGAGCCAAGAGCAUCAGCCACGAGACGCCGCCUGCUCGCCAGGCCAGAUCCUACAGCUUCCCGCCACCUGCCAACCUUCCAUCUAACCUCCAGAACGCCGUAAUUGCAGAGGAGAAUUUAGAGGGAGUGGAAGAAGGCAUAUUUGAUGUUCACCUAUAACAGACAUCUUGAAUUUCGGAAGCUUUCAGUUGCCUUCCAGCUCAAAGAGAAGUCACAGGGAAAUAUUGACUGCUGCCACCCAGUGGCGGCAUACUGCUCCUGCAACACUUGCAAUGGCAACUCCACUGGCAACCAAACAACAAUGCUGCUCGGUUUACUGUUUGUGGAAUGUGAGUGUAACAUGUCUGCGUUGGGGCUCGGGCCGGAGUGUGGUCCAUAAACAAUCUUAUAUUUGUGUCAUGUGGCUUCCCUAAGCUAUUAGCGGCGCAGUGAUUCACUUCUUUGCAGAUACAAACAAAAUGAAAACAUUCCCGGAGAACCACUUUUGACGCAACUUGUAUGUUGCUGUGUUUUUCUUGUUGCACGUCGAAUGAUCAUUUUCUGCCGGAACUGCAUGCACAAACACCCACCCACACACACACACACACACACACACGCACACACACACAAGCACACGUAUUUUGUUUUCCCGCAGAGAAGAGGCGCUUGCAGGCAGCGAGUGCCAUAUUGCGAACAUCUGGUAUGCCGUUUCCUGCGUGAAUAGCUUCGAAAGCUGCUGCUGCUGCUGCUGCCUUGAUGAAGAAUGUUUGUAAUGAGUAUUUCUGUUCAUGUAUCUUCCACUGCAACUGCUUCAAUCUAAUAAGAAGUCCCAAUUUUUUUUUGUUCCUCUCCUUGUCUGUGCAACAGUGCUUGUCCACUGCCUGUUCGUGCACGCGAGUAAAAAGGAAUGCUGAUGUCAAAAUGA